AUGUGUUACAUAACUACAGGCCUUUUUUAUUGCAAGAUAUACGCAGUCAUUCGGCACCACGCAAAGCAGAUGAACGCUCUGCAACAAUCAGCACAGAAUGAAGACAUGGCGAAUGCUGCAAGGCUGAGAAAAACUCUAGUUGCUACAUUUUAUGUGUAUUUGGUGUUUUUAGUUUGCUAUUUACCAAGAUUUUGUACUGGUGUUGCAAGAAUGCAUGGUGAAACUCCCUUGUUAUCACUAUUAUCUGAGUUCAGUUAUACCUGUGUGUAUCUAAAUUCAUCUCUCAAUCCGCUGAUCUACUGUUGGAAGAUGAGAAAUAUUCGUCAAACUGUCAAGAACACACUACAAGGCAUCUUUUCCUGUGGUGCCUGAAUAGAAGCUAUAUUUCAGAACAAUUCUGCUUUUUAUCUCGGAGGAAAACAAAACCCUUAUUAACGCAAUAAAGUUUUUCAAAACAUGAUGUACUAAAACCUGUGAUGCUAUCUGUUCGGGAUUAUUUUUUCUGCUACAGACCUUGAAAAUUUAAAAAUUAUUUAAAAAACUGUUUAUUGAAAUCCAUGAAACCGAGAAAGAGUUGAAAAAUGUCAGUGGAAUUCAGGCAAGUGAGUGAAUGAAAGUGAAUUUCGAUUUGAUAAACACAGCGCCGUGCAAUGAGUGUAAAUAGUAUAUAAAGAAACAAAAGUCCUCCAGUAAAGGCGUUUCUUUGGCCUUCUGCAAUAUAGGUCAGAGGUGUUGAAGCUUUUAACCAUAGGGCAGGCAACCCAUGCCCCCUCCCCCCACCACCAACAAAGGAUAAGUAAUUAAACUCAUCUUGCAAAAAAGUCUAUUGAAUGUUACAAGAGAUGGCAACUGAAAAAUGUAUCGUUAUCGGAAUACCUUGGAUUAUUUGUUGUAAGUAAUCUAGCAGUUCUUGAUCAAGUACAGUUGCAAUGUAUUGCAAUCAAUAGAAUCAAUAUAAAUCAAUGAAGUUAUCAAAAAAUGUUCGGCCUGGGAGGGGCGACAAACGUUGCUCAGGGGCACCCAUUCAAAUAAAUGAUCCUUAAAUGAAAUCAUAAUAACAGAAAUACUUAUAUAUAGAGAGAGAGAGAUAAAAAAGGCCACGCAAUGAGAUCUUAAAUGAAAAUGUCACUGGUAUGGCUCCAUUCGCAAAGACAUGUCAACUACAUCAAGAGCAACAAAAACGAAGAAAGAGGAAUGCAUUAAUUUUUCUCCACAGUUUCUCUCAAAAAUUUCGCUUCGCACUGUUUUUCCUGUUGACUAUAUGUCUGAGUAGCUAGUCUUUGUUAUUUACAUCCUACGUUUUUCAAAUUAACAUGAGAGCUUUCCUAUAAUUUGUCUCGACCAUAUUUUAAUCAAAUAUGCUCCUUUUUAUUUGACAAUGACGAACCAUUAAGUGAACCCGACCAACCUUAAUAAAGCUAAUAUUGUUUUUUAACACAUUUCAAAUACUGAAAUCAACUUUGAAAUUUAGUUUUCAAGCUAACUGUAAAUGAAAAAAACAUAUCGCUUUCUAUCAACAUUAUUUACUCAUCAAUAUUUUCUUGUCGUGUUGGCUGCUUUUAGACCGGAUUUGUUAAAAGAUAUUCAUUUUUAAACAUUCCCAUCAUUUGCAACUGAUUUAGGCAUCGACUAGACUGAUUAUUUAGUAAAAUAACAACCUAAUACGCCUUUGGUUUCGACCUCUUUUAUUCACCGACAACUCUAGAAUGAUUCUUUUUUUUUCAACGUUUUUAAAAGUUUUCGAUAAACACAUGGCUACCCACUUUAAUAUUGACAGUGAACUGCUCACUUUGAAGUUAAAUCCAAUUGCGUCGUCAGUAUGAAGUUCUAAUAACUUUCUUUCCUUUCACCUGGUAAACUUAAUUGCUUAUAAAUGAUCGGCCUAUCGUUUGAGUUUUUAGGGGACAAAUUCAAAUGUGUGUUUGAUGAUGACAUCACAUGAAUUUGUUUUAAGACCGACAGUUUUUAUUGAAAACUUUUAGCUAUUUCAGUUCCUAUACGAGUGAACUCAAACCUUCUUAGAACUGCAAACAGGAAAACAAAAGCUAUCCAGCAUGCAUGGAGAGAGUCGGAGGAAGUAGAGGAACAAUUCGCGAACCUCUGAAGAUUGUUCUGUCGUGGAGAAUUUUCAGCGUUAGUCUCACUCAGAAACGGAUGACAUCUCAAAACCAUUUAAAUUUUUUGCAUAUUGUAGAAACCAAGCACUGAUCACUGAGGAUUAUGUACAAAAGAUGGCAAGUACUAAAGGCUUGUAUCCGAUUCUUGUUGCUAACGCCGUCAUUAACGCUUUGUCGUCUCCCGCCUCUGUCGUGUUGAACAUCAUAACAAUACAAGCGCUUAGAAAAACGCCGUCGAUGCCAAAGACUUUAAAAACAUUGCUACUAAGCCUGACUGUUUCUGAUCUGGGUGUGGGCUUACUUGUCCAACCAAUGUAUGUUGCAAGACUUGUGAUUGAAAUAAAACAACACACUGACAACAUUGUUUAUCAUGGCGUAGAUAUCGCAUUGACCGUUCAAGCCAAUAUAUUGUCCUUUGCUUCGUAUAUUGGUAUCGUCGCUUUAACUGUUGACAGAUUCUUGGCGAUUCAUCUUCAUCUCAGAUACCAGGAACUUGUGACUCACAAGCGUGUUGUUGCUCUAGUAAGCUCAGUCUGGGUGUCAAGUGGAGUAAUUGCCUUGCUCGGUCAGUUCUCUUCGCGGCUAAUUUUGUCAGCUUUCCAAGGCACUAUUACAAUUAUUUGUUUCAUAAUCACAGGAAUAUUUUACUGCAAGAUAUAUGCAGCCGUGAGACACCACUCAAAUCAAAUCCAUGCCCUUCAAGCAGCACAGAAUGAAGACAUGGUGAAUGCCACAAGGGUGCAAAAAUCUGCACUUGCUACAUUCUAUGUUUAUGUGGUGUUUUUAGUUUGCUAUUUGCCAAUUGGUUGUACUGGUAUUGCCAAGAGCAUUGCUGGAACUACCUUUGUAUCUCAUUUAUGGUAUUUUACAUUCACUCUUGUGUUUCUCAACUCAUCCCUCAAUCCCUUGAUCUACUGCUGGAAGAUGAGACACAUUCGACAAACUGUUAUGGAUAUACUUCAAAACAUCUUUGCAUGA